AUGGGAUCUCUGCCACCGUCACACCUCGACAUCACCAAAGAAAACCUGGAAACCCUCUUCAAAUCCCAACAAGACCUCCUCAACCACUUCUUCAAACACCUCUCCCUCUCCCAAAUCCUCUCCUUCUCCCGCCUCCUCCUCUCCACCUCCGGCACCGUCUUCUUCACCGGCGUCGGCAAAUCCGCCUUCGUCGCCCAAAAAAUCUCCCAAACCCUAAUCUCCCUCAGCUUCCCCUCCUCCUUCCUCUCCCCUCUCGACGCCCUCCACGGCGACAUCGCCUCCCUCUCCUCCUCCGACGUCCUCGUCCUCUUCAGCAAAUCCGGCGCCACCAAGGAGCUUCUCCGCCUCGUCCCCUGCGCAAAAGCCAGAGGUGUCUUCCUCGUCUCUCUCACCUCCGUUCCCGGGAACCCUCUCGCCGGACUUUGCGAUAUGAACGUGCAUUUGCCGUUGGAGAGGGAGUUGUGUCCGUUUGAUCUCGCUCCGGUGACUUCCACGGCGAUUCAGAUGGUGUUUGGGGAUACGAUCGCCGUUGCGUUGAUGGCGGCGAGGAAUUUGACUAAGGAGGAGUAUGGAGCUAAUCAUCCUGCGGGAAGGAUUGGGAAGAGUUUGAUUUUAAGGUUUGAUCAUAAAGUUGAGAACGUUAAGGAUGUGAUGAAGAAGAAAGAUGAGCUUCCGGUUUGUAAAGAAGGAGACUUGAUUAUGGAUCAGUUGGUGGAGCUGACUAGCAAAGGGUGUGGGUGUUUGCUUGUGGUUGAUGAAGGACAUCGUUUGAUUGGUACGUUUACGGAUGGUGAUCUUCGUCGGACUCUUAAAGCGAGUGGGGAAGGUAUCUUCAAACUCAGUGUUGGAGAAAUGUGCAACAGGAAGCCGAGGACAAUUGGACCGGAAACAAUGGCAGUUGAAGCUAUGAAGAAAAUGGAGUCACCACCAUCGCCUGUACAGUUUCUACCGGUGGUCAAUGAAGACAACACCUUGAUUGGAAUUGUAACGUUGCAUGGUUUGGUUUCAGCUGGUCUCUGA